UGGCAAUAAUCGGGCCGAUCUAGAGUCAGAUAUUGCACUUUUUCUCUCCAUCUUUUUUUUUUCCUGGGGAAAACGUUUCUCGAAUUUUCUGGCCUUCCAAACAGGUCGCUAAGAAUUUUCCGCCGUAUUGCUGCUCCGAUUUCUGAUCCGAAAUCUCAUCGAUUUUGAGUCUCUGAGUCAGGGGCUUCAAACCUCCAAGAAAAAUUAGGGAGAAACGAGGGAUAAAAUGGGAGAGGAAGUGAAGAUGACGGAGUACGAGGUUCCCGGAGACGACGGCUGUAAUGAAGAUAGGGUUGUGGAGUGGGAGAUGGGUCUCCCGAGCUGCGAGGAUUUGAUGCCGCUGUCUCAGCCACUGGUCCCGACGGAGCUCGCGUUGGCUUUCAGCGUCUCCCCUGAGCAGAGCCGUACGAUCCAGGAUGUGAAUCACGCGUCGCAGACCACGCUCUCCGCUCUUCGCAACGGCUCCACCGGAGCUCACGCCUCGUCGUCCAACAACAACAGUAACAGCUUCAAGACGACAGUCGCGGCGGAUGAGGACCGGGUCGGGUCGGAUCCGAAGAAGCAGCGUCGAAUCGGAGCCACGGCGGCGGAGGAGGAGGCGGAUUCGGGAACGGAGGAUCCAUCGGGGAGGUCGGUGAAGCGGGCGCGUCUGGUGUGGACGCCGCAGCUGCACAAGAGAUUCGUGGACGUGGUGGCUCACUUGGGGAUAAAAAACGCCGUGCCCAAGACGAUUAUGCAGCUGAUGAACGUGGAAGGCCUCACUCGCGAGAACGUCGCGUCUCACCUGCAGAAAUACAGGUUAUACCUCAAGCGGAUGCAGGGCUUGACGACGGAGGCUCCUUCCUCCGACGACCAUCUCUUCUCGUCAACGCCUGUGCCUCCACAGAGCUUUCACGACGGCGGUGGAGCUUCCGGAAACAUGGUGUUACCGAUUCCCGUGCCGUACGGGGCACCACCGCCGACGAUGGGUAUGCAGGGAUAUCAUCAUCAUCUUCACCGUCAUAGUCAUGGUCAUGAUCACUAUCAUCAUGCCACCGGAGGCCCUGGCGUCUUUGAAUUGAAUCCAUUUAUGAUGCAGCAGAAAGGCUGGACGGGGAAUAAGUACGGAUCCAUGGCGUCCUACCCUUCUGUCGGCGGUGGUGGCGUGAAUGACAAGUAAUACGCAUCCAUGGCACCAGGAUCGAGCUAAUCUAGCUCGCGGGACUAACACUUAGUCCAGUUUCUGUGUGUUCUACUACAGUUAGAUUCUUCUUACAGCAUCCAUCAUCGGUAUAUAAUAAAGCAUUGGGCUUUUGUGCCUCUGCUGCUUCAUUUUCACUCGCUCUGAUUGUUUUCCACUCAUUGGAAUUGAAACUUAUCAUCACACUCGAAAGUAACUGAGGCAUUAAAGCCAUA